AUCCGUACUGCUCGUAUGUCGACUCAGUAUGUGUCCAUGUCUAAUUGACCAAGUAUGAAUAUACUAAGUUGCGUAUCUAAUUAUACACUUGACAAAUAAACUUCAAACAAAAUCAGCUUAACCACCAAAAAAGCUUCAUCUCAUCUCUGAGGAAAACUGUGAAGCAAUGGGAACAAGAUCGUUAAUUUCUCGAAUUUCUUCCAAUUUCGCUCUUCGAAUCCGCCAUAACCAAAAGCUCUUGAAUUUAUCUACUUUCCAUUACUUUUCUUCUUCACCUUCUUCAUCUGCCGCUAUUAUUUCAGAUUCUUCUCCUUCACCUUCUUCUUCGUCCUCCGAUGACAUACAUAUCACUGACUCUUGUGUUCGGAGGAUGAAAGAACUGCAAGCUACUGAGAAUGGAAAUAAGAUGCUUCGGUUGAGUGUAGAAGCUGGAGGAUGUUCUGGAUUUCAAUAUGCAUUUGCACUGGACGAUAAGAAAAAAAAUGAUGACAGAGUCUUCGAAAAAGAUGGCGUCAAAUUGGUAGUUGAUAAAAUUUCUUACGACUUUGUAAAGGGUGCUAGUGUUGAUUACGUUGAGGAGCUUAUUCGUUCAGCUUUUCAGGUUGUAGAAAAUCCGAGCGCUGUGGGUGGUUGCAGUUGUAAAAGUUCUUUCAUGGUGAAGCAGUAGUCCAAUUUUGAGUAAGAAUAGUUCAUAUAUACAUUUGGUAAAGGCAGAUUUACAUUCUUUUGGCUAGGUUAACCAUAUUUAUGGAUAUCACGUUGAAGAUGUUGGUUACGAAUGUUAUUCUCUUGUAUUUAUGUUGAAAUAACCGCAAUGCCAUUCAUAAAGACAAACCUGUAGUUUGUAUUGUUUGUACAAUGUCUGAAAUAAGUUCAUUCAACGAUGUAUCUUAUAUAAUCAUUUUGAACAAA